CUAGCAGAUGGAACGACAGUGGCAGUUAAGGUCCUUAAUUUGUCAUUUGAGAGAGCAUCUAGAAGUUUUGACAUUGAAUGCACUAUCUUGCGCCAAAUCAGGCACCGAAACCUUGUUAAAGUCAUUACGUCUUGCUCUAAUGAAGAUUUUAAGGCUUUAGUUCUCCAGUACAUGCCCCUUGGGAACCUACAAGUGUGUCUACAUUCGGGUGACCAUCACUUGAAUCUCUUUCAGAGAUUGGAUAUCAUGAUUGAUGUGGCUUGUGCUUUAGAAUAUCUUCACCAUGGCCACUCGGAGACUAUAGUUCAUUGUGAUCUAAAGCCAUAUAAUGUGCUUCUAGAUGAGAACAUGACAGCAUAUGUCAGCGAUUUUGGCAUUGCAAAUAUUCUAAUUGGUCUGAAUUCUUCUACUCUUACAUCCACUCUCGGAACCAUCGGAUACAUUGCACCAGAAUUUGGAAUGGCUGGAAAGGUGUCAACCAAAGCCGAUGUCUACAGCUAC